CCCUCCUUCUGCGCACCCGGCUACGGGACACGCUACACCACUUUGACAGACAGGGCGGCUGAUUAGUGUGCAACUGUCAUCCAUGUGGUCGUGGUGCGUCUGGACCCUGGCUACAGGCGCCAAGUCUAGCCGACCUGGCGCCAAACUGCGCCGACGGCACCGAGGACUUUCGGGCCUGCGCGGGGUCGCAUUCUCGACUUUUCGGUCGGCGGUCGGGCUUUUUUAUUUAUUUCAUUUUUUGAGGCGGCUGACGGCAUGGGCUGCCCACUGCAGGCAGCUGGCGAGUUCCGCCCACGCGGCUGCACGACAGGUGGCGUGGGAAGAAGCACCUUUCAGAUGCCAAUCGGCGUAACUUGAUGCGAGCGGACGAGCGUGGAUUACUUAAGCCGCAUGCGGGCUCAGAGCACAUGCUCACUCCCGCGCGGCCCCGUAAUGCGCACGCCCACUCCUCGGUUCUUUUUUCUUCGAC